UUCACAGAUAAAGUGUUUCUGGUUAUUGUAAACAAAUAAAAUACACAAAAAUACCAAUGAAAAACGCAAGAAAAUAAUAGAUUUUUAUACACCGCAAUAGCUUCCAAGUGUCUUAAGGCAAAAUGGAUAAUAAAAAAGAUAUUUACAAUCUAUGGGUGCAAUAUACAACAAAGAAUGAAGAAUCAUAUUUUCGUGAAUUUAUCGAACGCUUCGUUAGCAUUUGGCAAAGUCAAUUAUCAUUGGAUUUCAACUCCGAACAAUGUCCCUAUUGGCAUGAGGUUAAGCCCGACAGUGGCCCACAUUUGGGUCGUCUACCCGAUGAACUUUUACCGGCAAUUGGUAAAUUCAUUAUAGUCGCCAGCGAUUCGUGCCAAAAUGGUGAAAUUUCUGAUGAUACUAUACGUCAAAUUGCCAUACUCGUAGAUUGUUUGAUAAUCGUUUGCCGGCAUUUUGAUAAUAUUUUGGCCAUUAUUAAAUAUGAAUAUAAAUCAAAUUUAAUUGCUAUUUUAACAAAUGUAUUUCAUCAGUGUAUACAAGAAAAAACUACUUCAAAUGAGGUUUCACAUCUAUUUCGUAGUUUUUCACAAUUUUUAGAAGUUAUGUACGACCCCUACUUGACAUGGCGUAGUUUUUUACGCAAGAAUUUUGCUGAUUAUAAAAAAUUACCCUACAAACCACACAGCGUUCAUGUGGAAAUAAUACCAUUUAUUUAUGACUGUUUCCAACAAAAUGAUAUAACCAAAUAUCCAGAUAUUGGUGAAUCAUUAAUGCACACCUUGGGAGCAAUAAUAUGUGGAUCUCAGAAAACUUUAGCUGCAAUUAAUUUUAAAAAUCUUAAAAGUUCUGGUGAUGGUGUUCAAACUUGUGAUAAUUUGCGCAAUGGCAUGCGAGCUAUUUGUCCCGCCACCGUUUCGGUUUUAAUAAAAAUUUUAUCGCAAUGGGAAACCUCGAAUGAUUUACGUAUUGUUACCUUAAGAUGUUGUGCUUUGAUGAUAAUUGUCUUACAAAAAUCUAGUCCAGAAGAACGCCAAAUAGACCUAAUAACUCUUAUAAAACUAUACUGUGAUGUUUUGGAUGACCUUUUAAAAACCGACAACUUUCACCGCACUUCCGGUGACACCUUUGAUAUCGGAUCCGAAGAAAAUGAUCCCAAUGAUCAGACCCUAGAUGUUAAUGCUCUUGACUCAUCUGUAGACAAUAUCAGUGUAUUUCUAUCCGAUGUACAAAGUUCUUCAUAUAUUUGUGAAGCAAUUGAGGAAACCAAUUUGGUGGAUAUAUUAAUUUCAAUACCGAAAUCCGUAAAAGCCUGGAAUCUUAACUAUGCACAACUUUUAAUUAAAGUUAUUAAAGCAUUGGCAUCCAUAACACGUAACUCCCCCAGGCUAACUGAACACAUACGUUACUAUGAUAAAGUGGGUAAACUGGUUAAUGGUCUAAUGGAGUUGGGAUUACCUUCGAUUGGUCUAUUGGAGGCAGCCAUAGAGUUGGCUUAUAAUGAAAACAUGGGUAUAAUAGUAUUACCCGAAGUCUUGACAAAACUUAUAGAAUGGCUGCCCGAAAUGGAUGUGAGAGAGCAGACAUAUUUAAGUGAUAGAAUUUUAAAAGCCUGUACUGACAAUUAUGGAACCAAAUCUGUUGCUUGUGAAACUCGUAUUAUAAAAUCUAUAUGUUUGUGUUUGCAUCGUUAUGAUAAACUGUCCGAUCAAUGUAUACAAAAUUACAUUAAACUUAUCGAAGAACUUAGUAAAUUAAGUAUUAUACCCAUAGAAUUGAAAAGUAUUUUUAGUCUCCUAAGAAAAGAAAGUAAAUUUCCACAUUCAAAACAAUUGUUACAGACCCUUGUAAGUGUUUCUUUGCAAUCGCUGACUAGCACAAAUUUGUGUUCACAGUACUUCAAUUUUUGUGAGUCCGGCGAUGGCAUAGUUGUAACCGAUAUUAAAAAUUGGUCGAUGUCUGGAGCUUAUGGUUUCAUUUUUCAUAUAUUGUUGCGUUUGGACAACAAACUGAAGCCACAAAAUGCGAAAACAAAAACAGACAGUGGAGAACCGGAGCAACGAGCCAAUUGCAGAAGAAUGUUAUUAAAUUUGCGCACUGGCAGCAAUACUGGUUUCGAAGUAUUCAUACAGAAUAAUGGCAACAUUGUGGUGGCUGCUUUAACAAAACGUGAAUAUUUAACAUCUUCGGUGGCCUCUAGCACUUUGUUGGAUGGCCAGUGGCAUUAUGUGACCGUGGCCAUUACACCGCCCAAAAGACCUUUUUCCUAUAGCCAAAUUAAUGUGUAUAUAGAUUUUAUGCAAAAAAUAAGUGCCACUUUAAAGGUGCAAGCUAUAAAUGAGCCAUUUAUUUACUGUUCAGUGGCUUCAGCCUUGCAGGAAAUAAAAACCUCUAAUGCUGACAAUGCCGGUAAUACUAAUACCUCUGUAAUGCCUCGCUCAUCAUCACAAGACACUAAUCAGUCUUACAGAGGCAUGUUGCCAAGUUUGUUGGAAAGAACUUUGUCCACAAAUGUAUCCAAUUAUUUCACUUUACCUUUGAGAACCCAAUCCACCUCUUUCGAUCCGAAUGUGAAAAAUUUUCCUGUUGGCAUGCAGGAAACCGUAUUUGGGGAACAGAAAUGUCUGUAUGGACAAAUUGGCGGCGUAUUGUUGGCUGAACCCACCACCAGUUUAAAAACCGUAUUCGAUGCUGGCAUACAUUUCAGCUCUAUUUUUUCCCAAGACAAUGAUAUUCUCGAGUUGACUUCAAGAUUUGUUUUCUGUUACUCGCCGGCCGCCUUUACACACAAUACCUGUUUGGAUUUAAUACCCAGUGGCAGAUAUUUGGGUCUGGUACAGGCCCAACAUUGUCAUAUAGUAAAAAUACGCGAUACCAUCAAUAGUGUGGGCGGCAUACAAGCUAUAUUGCCCAUAUUACAUCGUAUUAUAAAAGAGAAUAAUACAGAAUUUUCACUGGCAGCUGCUGCGGCAGAUUCGUCGGAAGAACCGGCAGAACCUUUGAAAACCCCUGUCACCGAGGAAUUUGCCGAUUGGGAGGUUUUAUCAUCAAACUCCUAUACCGAAUGGAAAAUGGUACAAUUUCCCAUAGCCAGCUUUAUGUGUUUCUUGCGCUAUUUAACCCAUGAACAUGACAACAAUCAAGAGAAUUUACUUAACAGUGAAUGUCUAUCCAUAAUUGGCAUGAUGUUGCAAAAAUGUCCGUCCAAAAUCUUUGAUGUCAACGCCUUAAUGGCCACACAUUUGUUUAUGGAAUCCAUACAGGGCCAUAAAUCCUCUACCGGACAAUCUAAUCUUCCCCUACUGGAUGAUCUCUACACCUCUAUAGCUUUCAAUUUCGAUAUAUGGGUUCAUAUGCCCUUCCAAAUUACAUUGGGUCAUGUCCAGUAUCUGGGUGCCAUGAUUAAGAAUGAUCGUAAAUAUUUUCGCCGAAAGUUUGGCAUACAAUUUUUCCUGGAUGUUAUACGCCAACAUUAUGGCACACCUGAGAGUAUAACACCCGAAGAUGCCAAAACUAUACGUUCCACCAUAUUUGCCAUAAUACGUUUCUAUCUGCAAAAGGAUGUCAAUAUCAAGGAGAUUAUUACGAUUAUUACGUUUUUAGCUUCGGUAAAGCAGGAUCAUGUUUUAAUUGAAUUUUUAGACAUGAUGACCAUGCAUAUCAAGGGUAAAAAUUGUCGCGAUCAAUUGAUUUUGCUGCUGCAUGAACCGCAAACGGCGAAUUUAAUUUACAACUAUUUUAUGGAUAAAACUUGUAGUUGUGAAUUGCAGGAGGCUGCCAUAAGGUUUAUCAGCGGUCUUUUGUCCACAUCACGUGUCCAGGGCAAAUACAAACAAAUCAUGCGUUUGCAUGAUCCCACCACCGAUGCUUCACUGUUUCCCGGUCUAUUUUCCUACACCAUACCCAUGCAGUUAAGCUCCACCAUACUCUUUCACAUGCUCGACGAAAUGCUAAAUACCGAGGUGGACUAUUGUGGCUUAAUAUUUCUGGUACAUCAAGUCAGCUCCUGCGAAUUGCCGGUUAAAUUAGAGGUGGCCAAACGUCUGCUACAAUGCACUUUUACCAAACAAAAUUCACCUCAAGCUAUAGCCAAACAGCCGGGUUGGCAAGAAUCUAUUGCUCGACUACUUAUACGCAGACCCAUUGAAAAUGUCAAACCCGAUGAGGAGAAACGCAAAAGUUUCGGCAUUAAUCUGGAUGUUUUGCUAGAGGAUGAAAAUAAAUUUGACAGUCAAGGAGAUCUCAUCAAUUUCUGUGAACAACAAAUGGAAAUUGAUCAUCCCGAACAUAGUGAUGGUGGUUUAAUAUUAAAUGAAAUACAGGCCAGUGUUUCGGAAGCGGCCAAUGUUUUGGAAUCGGAAUUUAAGGAACUAGCUGAAUCUGUUUCGGGUGUAGUGGCAGAAAAUGUAUCCUCGGUGUUUUCGGUAAUAAGACAAACGACUCACGAUCUACAAGACACAUUCGAGUCGCUGGCAAUGGGCUCCUCGACAGAAAACAUAGACACUAGCUCUCUAAAAGAACGAGCCGAUUCCAUAAGCUCUGAUAGUUCAUCACAAUCGGCUAGGGGUGGUGCCAAAAAGGGUGAUUCAAUCGAAAGUAAUUUGGAAUUUUCCUCUGAGGCGGAUGUAGACAGUGAAGAACAAUUGGUGUAUUUGGUAUCAAAUAUUCUAUUUACUGUUUUUUGGCGUGGUGUACCCAAUGACCAUCCGGAGUGUUGGAAGGAAAGGGGUCAAGUGUUGGGCUGUAUUAAUUUGUUGGCUUUGAAUAAUGAAUUGAUGGCCUCUCAUUUGUCGUUGAGAUUGCGCAUUUUGGAAAUGGCUGUUCAGGCUUCUUUGUUCGAUUUGGCGGAGCAUGGCAAUCAGACGUUGAUUAAUCAAGAAAACGCUUCACACAUUUUACGCAUGAUCUAUGACCUGGUGGUCUUGGGUUCCAACGAAGAUGAGUCCAAAAAAUGUUCCACCAAAUUGUUGGACGGUGUUUUAGCUUUACUCGAUGCUUUAAUGAUAUUCCAAUCGGAUUCUUCAGAUGAUUGGUCUGAUAUGAUACGUCUGUGUUUGGGUUUACUCUUAAAAUGUUCCCAUCAUCCAAAUCCCGGUGUAGUGGCUAUGGCCACUGCUAAACUCCAUGCCAUACUACAAUGUCGCACCACUGAGAAUCCCAGUGAAUUGGCUUAUCUACUAUAUUCCAUAAAUAAAGCUUUAGAUAGUGCUAUUGAGGUAGGCAAUCCCGAAGAAUAUUCAUUCCUCAUGCCGGUCAUGAAAGCUUUAAUAGAAAAAUGCCGCAAUGCUUUUAAUUUGGAGUCUGUGUUACCUGAUUUACCACCGACCUCUUCUGGCCCCGUGUUUUUCAAUGAUUUUCAAAUGUACAGCACCAGUAAGAAGUGGAAAAAUUUCAUGGAGAGAAUUGUUCAACCUCUCUUCGAUUCCUAUCAACGUGAGGUUGAGAUAAAUCUGUGGGAACCCAUCAAUCGUUAUUGGGCUGAAUGCUAUGAAGCAUGUAAAUUUGCUUCGAAAAAACGCAGUACAUUCCAAACCGAGAACAGAACACAAUUUCAAAAAAAAAUUGUUAUACCUUGGAAGGUGCGUCAAGUUGAAGAAACUACACGUUUGAAUGCAGCUGCAUUGCAGCAUAAACGUAAAUGCAGUCACAUAAAGAAGAAAUGGAAAUGUGCCAAGCGAUUCCUGUACGGGCCUCGCGGUCCCUGGUUUACGGGUGAUGUUAUGGACGAAUAUUGGACAUUAUCAAAUCAUGAAAAUGUAGCUCGAAUGAGAUUAAAACUGGAGCCCCAAUUAUAUCCCAAUAAACAUGACAAUGCCUCAAAGUUGCGAGACAAUGCAACAAAUCAUUAUGAUGCCAAAGAAAUUUCCGAAUUCGAUUCCACAAUUAAAAAUGUGGUUGUACGCGAUUUUCUGGCCAACGAUGAAAAUUCGCAACUGGAAGAAGACUUACGUAUGACAAUAGAACAACAAUCGCAACAAGACAAUACUUUAGAGAAAUUAGUUAUAUCGCAAGAAUGCGAACUGAUAACACUAAUGACCAAGGUUAAGGGUCGCAUUGAAGUUAAUCAAACGUUAUUUACAUUUAUUGACUUAAGUCCACCAGCUGAAGAUGGUUCAAAACAUGAUUUUAGAUUUUCUAUAAAUAAAAUACGCGAGGUACAUUUAAGAAAAUAUAAUUUAAGAAGAAGUGCUUUGGAAAUCUUUUUAAUCGAUCAAACAAGUUAUUUUUUGAAUUUUACCACCAAGACUCGCAAUAAAAUAUUUUCAAAAAUCUUAAGCCUACAACCGCCAAAUAUUUUAUAUGGUUCUGGCAGAUCACCGGCAGAGUUGUUGAAAACUUCAGGUUUGACACAAAAAUGGGUGAAUCGUGAAAUAUCUAAUUUUGAAUAUUUAAUGUAUUUAAAUACCAUAGCAGGACGUUCUUAUAAUGAUUUAAGUCAAUAUCCAGUCUUCCCUUGGAUUUUAGCAGACUAUACUAGUGAUGUAUUAGAUUUAACUGAUCCCAAAUCCUUUAGGGAUUUAAGCAAACCCAUAGGAGUGAUAAAUCCCAAAAACGAGGCCGAAGUGCGCUCUAAAUACGAUUCCUUUGAAGAUCCAUCCGGUGGCAUACCGAAAUUUCACUAUGGCACUCACUAUUCCAAUUCGGCUGGUGUUUUGCAUUAUCUUUUGAGAGUAGAACCGUUUACCUCGCUGCACAUUGAGUUGCAAAGUGGCCGUUUUGAUGUGGCCGAUCGUCAAUUUCACUCUAUACCACAAACCUGGAAACUACUAAUGGACAAUCCCAAUGAUGUCAAAGAACUUAUACCGGAAUUUUUCUAUUUUCCCGAAUUUUUAAAGAAUAUGAACAAAUUUGAUUUGGGCCACUUGCAAAUCACCAAGGAAAAAGUGGAUGAUGUCAUACUGCCACCUUGGGCUACCACACCUGAAGAAUUUAUAGCCAUACACCGCAGAGCCUUGGAAUCAGAAUAUGUUAGCAAAAAUUUACAUAAUUGGAUUGAUUUAAUAUUUGGCUACAAACAAAAAGGUCCCAAAGCAGCCGAAGCCUUAAAUGUUUUCUAUUAUUGUUCUUAUGAGGGAGCUGUGGAUUUGGAUAAGAUCACCAAUGCUGUGGAAAGAGAAGCAGUUGAAGGCAUGAUUAACAAUUUCGGACAAGUUCCUUCACAAUUGAUGCGAGAACCUCAUCCUCGUCGCCUAACUCAGGAAGAAACCUCUAUCAAACUUUUACGGGCCGAAUUAAAACGUCCUGAUUUAACACAUUUUCUUGAUAAGGUUGUACAAUAUUACUGCGAGAUUUCCACACCCAAAGAUCCUAUUGUCUAUUUGAGUCCACCAAGAUCACCACCGCGUUCAUUUUUACAACUUAGUCCCGAUAUGCUGGUAAGCAUUUCCAAAUCAUGUAUACUGGGUUGUAAUUCUUGGAUGUCUUAUGAUAAGGAUAGAGGUUUCUUGCUGGAAAUCGAUGCCACCACCACAAAUAUGAAAAACCGUAAACGCAUAUUUGGCCCCUUACAUCCCUCACAAAUGCCCCACUCUCAAAUGUUUGCCAUUAGUACAGAUGGCAAACUGUUGUAUGCUGGCGGCAUAUGGGAUAAUUCCCUAAGGGUUUAUAGUUUGCACAAAGGCAAAACUUUGGCCUCAGUAACCAGACAUUUAGAUAUUAUCACUUGUCUGGCUUUGGAUAAUUGUGGCUCUUAUUUGGUGACUGGUUCUAGGGAUUGCACUUGCAUUAUCUGGAGUAUUCAGGGUACUCAUGCUGGUGCUAAUAACAACUCAUCCAAUAUUCCCGUACAUGCUUUAACCAGUCAAUCGAAUCUACAAUCCAUAAUGCAAUUUAAUACCCUAAAUAGUUUUUCACCCAAACCCUUGACUACCUUAUACGGCCAUGACGAUUCCAUAUCUAGUGUAGCCAUUUACACAGAAUUAGAUAUGGUGGUAUCGGGAUCAUUGGACGGCACUGUUAAUGUUUAUACCAUACAAGAUGGCCAAUUUGUUCGCACUUUAAAACCCAUUGGUUGUACAGAGUUUUGUGUACAGAUAUCGUAUGUAACUGUUUCAUAUCAUGGCCAUAUUGCAUUUAGUGCUUUGGAUGAUACAUCUCAUUCCGUACAUGUUUAUAGCAUUAAUGGCACCAGUUUGGGUUCGAAAUAUGUAUCUGGUCGUGUUACGGGUUUGGCAACAGCAUCCGAUUACUUAGUUGUAGCCGAUGAUGCCGGUGAUGUAACAUUGAGUCGAUUGCAUGGAUUAAAGCCGGUAUUUGACAUACCGCUACAUGUGCCCGUACAAACAGUGAUCGUAACACCGGGCAACACACACAUCUUGGCACCGUUACGUGAUGGACGUUUAGCUGUAGUCGCUGUUCAUUUACCUGUAGGUAUUAAAAAACACUCUGUUCUCAAUGUAUAGGUACAGUGUGAAGAUGAUGAACCGGGCGAGCUAACUCAAACUAAGAUCAGCUAAAGAACGAAAACGAAUUGGUUCAACGAAUGGUUUUAAUUUUCAAUUUUAAUUUAUCUAAAAAAAACUACUUUUUUUAUUCUUGAUUAAUCUACUUAUGCUUACAUAAAUAUUUAAUAGGUACAUUUAAAGUCAUUAGCUUGGUUGGAAUAUUAGCAAAUGGGGGAUUUAACUGUUUGGUGUUUUCCCCAUUUGUUUGAUUAUUUUAACAUUUUAGACAAACAAUUAGUAACACACUCAUUAACAUUUAUCGCAUAAUAAUUUUAAGUUACACGUUUUUAGCUCUGUGUGUUUUAAUUUAUAACUAAAAAAGGAAAAACAUAGUAAAACACCUUUCAAACAAUUGUCAAUUAUACAUAUAUUCAACCAAAAACAAAAAAAAAGCAGAACUUUAAACAAAAUUUAUUAGCUUAGUUAAUUAAAAUAUUCAUUUGGUCAAGUCAAUUAAACAAAAGUAGUUAGUAACUGUCAGUUCCUCUAGGUGGCAAGAAAAGUGAGUCAGAAGAUUGUGCAUGGAAAUCAUUCCAGAAUAAUUUUUUGAUUCAUUUUUCUUUCGACAGAGAGGAACUGACAAUAAUAAUUUGUUCAAAUCAAUUAAACAAAAAUAUAGUUAGUUUAUAUUUUGGUUUAAUUGAUUUGUUCAAAUUAUUACCUAUUUAAUAUUACUGUCUGUUCCUCUAUGACGAAAGAAUUGUGUGACGAAUGAAUUUGAAUUUCUUUCGUCAAACUUUUCUUUCUUCAUAGAGGAACUGUUAGUAAAAGCACCAAUGUACGUUCAAAUAUGUUUGACGAUAUGCUUGAUGAUCAAGUAUUCUUGACGUUUAAUGGCUUGAUAAUAAUAAUCGUAUGACAAUCUGAUAAAAAUCAGAAAAUAUUUUGGUUUUAUUACGAAACAAAAUCUAAAUUUUAAAAUACAUUUUAAGUCAUCAAACCUAAUCAAACUUCGUCAAGCAUGUCUUCAAAUAUAUUUGAUCUUAUGGUGUCUUAACAUCUUACGGCUGAAAAUCUAUAUCUUUUCAAAAUCUCUGACCUUCUCAUAUAUGUAGUAAUUUGUCCAAGUUCUGGUAGCUUAUCAAUUUUGAUAAACUGCUGAUUUGGGAUCAUUUGACCACAUAUAUGAGAAAGUUAAAAGAAUUAGUCCUAAAAGGGUUUUGCAAGUUCCAAUU